AUGGUUUUAGGGCUGGUCGUUUCCGUUACCGAACCAGGAGAAUUGAAGGACAGCGGCAGACAAUGGCAAUGCAUGUGCCGCGCCGUGAACGGACCUGGGACCUUCCAGAUGGGUACGGAUCACAAACCACUGAUGUACACUUUCUUACAGAAAUCUAACAAAGCUUCUCUUCGACAGUUAAGACAGCUUGACUUUAUCGGACAAUUUACGACCAAUAUCAUUCACAUAUCAGGAUCUUCUAAUUUCGUUGCUGACGCCCUAUCACGGCUGGACGUUAUCAGUAUGCCAGUCGUGGUGGGCACUGAAGAAAUAGCAGACAUGCAGGAAACGGACCCUGAGCUCUCGCGGAUAUUGGAAGGAAGCACUGCACUGUGCCUCAAGCCUCUGAAAGUCGACGGUUCUGAAUCGAUGGUAUUUUGCGAUAUUUCUACAGAUAAUCUUAGACCUUAUAUUCCUGAAGCGUUGCGUAAGCGAGUUGUUGAAAGUGUUCAUGGGGACAGGUUCCAACAUGUUCAUUUAGAUUUAGUAGGACCCUUACCAAUGGUCAAAGGUUAUAAGUACUGUCUGACCAUGAUCGAUAGAUUUUCCCGUUGGCCAGAGGCGGUUCCUCUCAAGGAUAUCACGGCGAGUACUGUGGCCGCCGAGUUCUAUGCCACCUGGGUGUCUUGUUUUGGUGCUCCUGCCUCGAUCACCACUGAUAGAGGUGCUCAAUUUGAGGGGUGGCAUAGAUCUCUAAAGGCGGCCAUCAUGUGCCAUGAGUCUAAAGAUUGGGUAGCUAUCCUCCCAACGGUACUACUUGGUUUGCGUUGUAGCUAUAAGGAGGAUAUUGGUGUCUCAGCGGCAGAGUUAUUGUACGGAGCUCCUCUCAGAUUACCGGGAGAGUUUUUCAUCGACACUCAAACGCGCGACUUUUGUACUGAUGACUUUAGACUCCACAUGCGACAGAUUCGACCGAAACCGACAGUGCAUCAUAGCCAAUUGAUGCAACAAGAAGGCCUCUAG